AUGGCAAUGGCUUCUCUAGCCAGUAAGGAUUCCUACCUGCAAAGUCUGGGCAGAAAGGUUUGUGCAAAAGAAGUUACAGAGCAUCGCAAACGCAAAAUAGCAUAUGCUGUUGAUGGCACUGAGAAGCGUACUACUGGGAAGAAGAAAAAGCGGAAUCGAAAGCCACAGAACCUCAGGCACGAUGGCAGCAUGCAGAGAUUUCCUCCCAAAAUGUCUAAUCCUAUCUUCCCAAAAUCCCAGAGGAAAGAUACCCCUCUGAGCUCCUUUUCCACAGUGAAUAUAUUAAAGAAACGAUUACAUGAGAAGAUUGAGGAGUCACGUGGACAGUUUUCCAACAAAUCUCUUUCAACAGAAGAAAUUGAGAAAAGACGCCAGAGGAGGAAACAUGAGAGAGAGAGGAAGAAAAGAAAAAAGAAGGAGCUGAAACUUAAAGCCUUGCAGGAGACACAAGAGGGUGAGGCUAUUGAAGUGGAGCAGACUGUAGAAGAAGAUAUUGAAGAGACGCAUCUGGUCCCGCUAGUUUUCAACAAGGUGGAAGUCCAUGAUGAACCUCUCAAUAAAAUAUUGCAGAUAAAGGAGAAGAAAGAAAGGGUGAAGGGGCAUAUAACGCCCAUGACAGGCAAAAACUACAAACAGCUGCUGAAUCGCCUAGAGGCGCGAAAGAGUAAGCUGGAAGAACUAAGGGCAAAAGACCAAGAGAAAGCCAAGGAAUUUGAAUCUAAAAUUAAAUGGACUAAUGUGUUGUAUAAAGCUGAAGGACUGAAGAUCAAAGAUGAUGAAGGGAUGUUAAAAACUGCUCUGAAGCGUAAGGAGAAGCAGCGGGAGCAGAGAAAAAAGCAAUGGGACAAGCGAAUGGUGCAGACUACGGAGAGGAUGCAACAGCGGCAGGAAAAGAGGAAACGCAACAUCAAAAAGAAGAAAAUGGCCAAAAUAGAGAAAAAGAAGAGCAGAGCACGAAAGAAAGGGCGCAUCAUGCCCGAGGACUUGGCCAAAGCUAAUAUCAAGUGA